UCUUCACGCAUCAUAUUAUUGAGAAGAAAAAACUAAAUAGUAGACUGUAAACGUCGUCGUUUCGUUUUGCUUCAUAUUUUCUCCUCCUCAGUUCCUCCUUUUUAGCUUCGUUUCUGCUUUCAGAAAACACAUACUCCAGUCUCGAAAAAACGAAAAACGGAAUCUUUUUCAUUAAUUUAAUUAAAAGUAUAUAAAUUUUUGUUUCAAAAGUACUUGUGAUGAGGGCGUUGAAUUCGCGGCUAGUUCUGAUCGACAUCAACAGCUCAUGGCAAGCAUCUCGCCGGUUGAUCUCCGCCACCGCAACCGCUUUUUCAUCCGACUCCUCCUCUUCAUUCCGUCGAACACGUGGUGCCCGUCAGAGAAUCGCUUCGUCCAAGUCUCCGGCGUCGCCGUCUCCAGUGCGGAGACCUUCUGAUGGAUUCAGUUUCGAUGUUCGACCACCGUCAGCAGAUUCAGAGAACUCCGCGUCGAUCUCAUCGCGCAAACCAGCUACGGCGCCGCCUACGGUGGAGCUUGACGCUUUCCUCGAGAUUCUUCCUCCCGCUACGAGGAAGGAGCUGGUUAAGCACGAGGCGAUCGGGGAAUUGAUUGAGGUUGUGAUGGAUUUAGGGAGAAAGCCACUAGCUAGAUUCCCUUCCGGCGAUUGGGUAAUCUCAGAGCAGCCUGUGACACAGCAGGAUCUGAAGCUUGCGGUAUCAAAGGUUGGUGAUUUUUCGGAUGAUAACCGAUCAGGGAUUAACAGAUCUUUGCAUCGUAUAAGCGCUAUACGUAACCGCAAGCUGCAAGUGAUUGGUCUAACAUGUCGAGUGGGUCGAGCCGUAUCUGGAAGUGCAGAGAUCAUAAGAGACUUGAUAGAAGGAGGAGGAUCCAUCUUGGUCAUUGGAUCUCCUGGAGUUGGCAAAACAACUUUAAUCAGAGAAAUCGCACGUAUGUUAGCUGAUGAGCAUAGGAAGCGAGUAGUGAUUGUUGACACGUCAAAUGAGAUUGGAGGUGAUGGUGAUGUUCCUCAUUCUGGAAUCGGCCGUGCCAGGCGGAUGCAAGUUCCAAAUGUGAAUUUACAGCACGAUGUUAUGAUUGAGGCGGUUGAGAAUCAUAUGCCUGAGACCAUCAUCAUCGAUGAGAUAGGAACAGAGCUUGAAGCAUUAGCUGCUAGCACUAUUGCUCAACGAGGCGUCCAGCUUGUUGCAACUGCUCAUGGGAUGACUAUAGACAACAUAAUUAAGAAUCCUUCUUUGCAGAUCCUUAUUGGUGGCAUUGAGAGUGUGACUCUUGGUGAUGAAGAGGCAAGGAAAAGAAAAGUGCAGAAGACAAUUCUUGAAAGAAAAGGACCUCCAACAUUUACUUGUGCUGUCGAGAUGAUAUCGAGAACCGAGUGCCGUGUUCAUCAAAGGCUAGAUGUCACCGUUGAUGCUAUACUAGCUGGAAGAUCCGCUCCAUGUGAGAUUCGUCAAAUUCGUGGCGAAGACGAUGUUCCUCAUAAGUUAGUGACUCCCGCUCCUUUGGAGAACCUUGAAGAGGAGCCUGCACCAUUGCUCAACAGAGAUUUUGCAAGUGAAGUGCUGUCUGACGACGAAGACGAAGACUUUCUUCCCACUCGGUAUAAGAAGGCCAGCAGUAACAUAUCCAUGAGCCAAAGAAGUUCACCUGUUCAUGUUUACACUUACAAUGUCUUGGAAGCUGAUCUCCUUCAGGUAGCCGAAGUUAUGGGCCUAGAAAACGACAUAGAAGUGACAGAUGAUGUUGGAGAAGCAGAUGUCAUUCUAGCCUCAAGUUCUGAAUUGAAACAUAAUUCAUCGAUCCGUCGUGUUGCCAAAUUACACAAGCUACCGAUAUUUGUCAUUAAGUCAACUACAAUGGCUCAGAUGGUCAAGGCAGUUCGAAUGAUCCUUGGGAGAGAAUCGUUUGGCUCAGCCCCUAGAACCGUAGAGAAAACUUCUGUUGAUGAUAUCGAGAUCAAAGAUGAUGCUCCAGAGAGCAAACCCAGUUUAGAAGAACUUGAUGCCCUCGAGGAGGUCCGUCUAGCAAUCGAAUACAUUGUAAUACCGGGAGGUGAGCCAGUGGAGCUUCUUCCUAGACGGUCAGACAUAAUAGUCCGGCAGCUAGAGCUGGUAGAGAGUUAUCAACUCGCGGUGGAGAAUCUCGGGACUCACCUUAAUCCGCGGCUUCAGAUACUUCCUCGUCGAUCCACCAAGAAGAUGUUGCCAUCUUCAUCCCCAAAGAAAGCAGCAGAUGAUAGCAUGGGGAAUGGCGUUACUCGUCUUCCUUUCCUUAAGGAUUAACAUCUCUGACUCAGCAUAUGGAUCCUAUACACACAUUGGAGACACUCUUGAACAUUUACUCUGUAAGUCUUCGUAAAUACUCUGUUGAUGUUGUUGGUCAUUGUUACUCAUUGGCAAUGUAAGUAAGUUACAGAGGCAAUGCUUUUGUCUUCUUUAAAAAUCCCAUGGGCAAUCCUGUAGAUAUUUCUUUGCUCAAAGAGUAUUUAUAAAUAGAAUUUAUUCAAGAUA